AGCGAAAGUUCUGGACGCCGUUGCGGCACGCCAGAUCUCGCCGGGGGGUUGCCCGCGAGCACGCACAGCGACGCGAGAGAGCCUCACUCGUCCAUAAAUACCCCAAGAGGGGUGCCGCUUCGCCAUGGACAGAUCGCCUUGGUCCCGACGAGAAGCGCCCGAGUCUCCGAUGGCGCGCAGCGAAAUCGUCAUUCCGAUCCACUCACUGCAGAGCGUGCCGCAAGAGUCAUACAGGACCGAAGUACGCCGCCACGUUCAGCAAGUCUUGGAGCGAGCCGCAGCGCGGCCAGAACACGACCUGCGCCGCGAGCUGAGCACGAUGUUCAACCGGUUUCCCAUGAGGUCGCGCCUACUAUACGGCUUCGACGACUUCGACGACUUUUUCCGCGACAUCGUGCCGGCUCCGACGUUCCCGUCCUUCGAGAAGGCCUUCCGCGAAGUCAAGACCACUGUGGACGAACACAACAAGCUCCUCAUGGAAGUCGACGUGCACGAGUACGAGCCCGAGGAGAUUACGGUCAAGGCCAUCGACGGCCGCCUCCUUGUGCACUGCAAGCGCCAGCGUGCCGGCUGCACCAAGGAGACCCACCGCGAAAUCUCGCUGCCCGACGGCGUCGAUGUCGAAAGCAUCACGUCUAAUCUCACGGCGGACGGCAGGCUGAAGAUCUGCGCACUCCUGCCGGGUGCGUACGGGUCGCAAGCGCAGCCAGUCCAACACGCCACGGCAGAGCCAGAGGGAGACCAGAAGGCCGAGGCAUACCUGUACGUCAACGACUACUGAGCGAGUGCCGAGACGGGGGAAACUGGGAUCGGAUUUCACUUCGAGGAGGCCUCGAACUGAAAUCCGAGCCUAGCGCAGAGCACAUUUACUGUGCCGUUCUGUCGGAGUAGGCCUUGGGCAUUUCGUCUUUCCAGUGCAGCGGGACGCACCGAGCCUCUUUCAAGUAUUUGUCAAUUCUUGUGCUCUUACAAUUGUGUUCUUCACGGCGAACGGCAGCCCUAUGGAAAAUUAUUCCAGCAUAUGUUAAACGGGCUUCUUUACUCUCUGUUUAUGGCAGUUCUAAAUUAACUGCUAUUUUUGAUCUUGAAAGAGGCUCAUCCCCCAAAUACCGUACUCUAGAGGUUGUAGUCUGUCCACGAGCUCACCAAUGUACACAAAGGGCAUGGAGAACGAUACCGUGCCUCAGAUUCGGUUACGAUAUAGAAGGUCCCAUACCAUAGUGCCGGGACGCAUUUAGCGUAAGAUCCUAUGUACGUUAUCAUUUGCACUUUGUGGUGAAUUGACAUCAGAAUGCCACAUCUGCGUUAGCAUUUUCGCCACGUAUGCCGAAGCCCUUCACUUUAGCUUAUAGUGAUUUCUAAUAUUGUUUAAAUGGGGGUGAGCGUCAUUUCGCCCUUAUCUUUUUUUAUAAUCAUGACCAGAACAUAACCUCGAUAUUCCUGUGAUGAUACUUAUGGUUGUGCUGGAGAUUUUCUGGCAAUGGCACACAAGGACGCCUUUUAAACAAGCAUACAGAAGAGCGGUAAGCUUGUGUGUCUGGCUUUUUGGCAUUCGCACAAAAAAAUUUCUGUCGUUUUUCCAAACGCUUUGUCUAUCAAUGGACAAAAGAAAAGAAAGCAUAAGUUAGCUCACGCGUAUAUCUCCCACAUGAGUGUGUUCUUUCACCGUUCGCCAACUCUACAAAGUGCCACCCACAGCACAACGUUUCCACAUGCCUAAAAGUUCGCGACGUAACCAUGAAGUCUGGGUUUGAGAACCGAACUUCAUUCAUAGCAGCGUCGGCGUUGUCCCAUUCAACAAGACACGCUGUCGACGUGUUUCGUGAUGUUGCCUACAGUGCUGUAGAGGUUCAUUAUCGCGUUGCACGCUCUAACGAAUGCCAACGAUAACGAAUACACCAGCGAAUCGCAGAUGAGAUGUAGAUAACGAAAAGUUCCUCUGUAACAACAUCUCAAAUCUGUUACACUUCCUGCAGCAAAAACUCAGUCGUUACUGGCAUUCCUCGAGUAUUUGUUUGUUUACUUGUUGACCUUUCUUUUUACUUAGUGACACUUUUUUGCUUUGAGUUUCUACAAUGUUAAAUAGGAGACGUUGACCUCUAGUUAAGUUCGCAUUGUGACUGCGUCAUAUGAAUGCGCUUGUUGUUCGUUAGUGUCAUGUGAGUCAUUUCUAAUUCAGGGACAGAAAUAAUAUUUCUAGGUGCGUAUGAGGCUGAAUGUAUUUAUAUUUAGCUGCAGAAUUAGAAGACAAAAAUGGACGACACAUUGAUAGGUGAAGUGCAUGUGGACACCUGAUCUUCUGGUAGACUUUUCACCUAGCGCAUGUAGCGUUUCUGUGUUUAUAUUAGGGCUGGCAGUUCUGGUAUCUGACUGUUAUUUUUUGCAGUUUUUCUUUUGUCUACCAAAGCAACUCACUCUGAACUCCGAAUAGCGCGAACGCAUCCGUAUUUUUGGUUACCUUGAUUUGUGUACUAUAAGCCAAAAGUUGCAUUGUUUGCUUUAUAAGAGACGAAUGUUUCGGCUCUCCCUGCUGUACAAUAAGCAUCACCUAAGACUGUUAUUUUUCAUUUCUUCUCCCACAUCCCCGUUUUUGUACAAAAGUAUAAAUGUUUACAGAAGAAAAUAAAACUGUUGUAUU